CGUCCGGAAUAACUGAUCGGAAAAAUUAAGACUAUGGAUUUUCCCACCUAUUUCAUUCUUAUGUGUUUCCACUAUAACCAUCUUACGAAUUUUCUUGUUUAAUAUAUAUAAUUCAUGUAUGUAGGCCCAAAUGGAUGCUAAAAGAGUGCUGCAUUUAGUAAUAUUGAAAACGAAAGUAGAAAAAGUAGUCCGCAGUUUCGUAAAUGUUCGGUCUGCAUAAAGAUAGAAACCCUUUUCCCACACAGACGCGACCUCAGUAGACUACUGUAGCCAAAAUGGCAGCAAGACUACCCACAGAUCAAAUUCAACAGUAUAAAGAUUCUGAGGAAGAGAAAAUAGCUCAGGAGAUGCUGGAUGUUUUCUUAACUGACAAAAGUGGUUUCAAUUUCUUUAACCUGGUGAUAAGAAAUACUAAUGCCAGGGAAGGGUCAUCGUUCACCGACGCAUCUAUCUCUCUUCAAGUGUUGGAUGAUGUCAAUCUGUUGAGAAAUGAUCUUGUUGAAUCUUAUCCAAAGUGUGGAUGUGUUGGAAUAAAGGACAUACUUCAAGAAGCCAUCCUCAGAAAUUUUUCAAGAGAUGGAGUUGAUGCUGUCGAGAAAGACCCAGACUAUCGACCAGCUUUUUUUGCGUUGUUGGAAUUCCUGCGUGGGCGAAACACACACGCAAAGGCAAUUGAAAAGCUUUUCAACUCAAGAGGAAAGAAGAAACCACUUGUUAUGACAGCAUUAGCCCAUCACCUGUUUUCCCAGUUGGUGCCGGGGAAGGAGUAUGAGGUUGACAGAUAUGCAAAGGAUAUACCAAAGACAUGUCAGUGUGGUUGUAAUGCUAAUAUUUCUGCUGGAAACACUUCAGUAGGGUCACAAGGAACAUGGCAUGGCAAGGUGGAUAUCUUACUUAACCAUACAAUACCUGUGUCAGUUUUACAGGAGCAAAGUGUCAAUGAAGACGAUGAGAUUGAUAGUGAAAGCACUGAUGAAAAUGAAGGUGAAUCUGAAAUUAAGAAAAGGAAGAUUGAUAAAGGAAACUAUGAUGUAAAGCAAGGCGGAUCAAAACAAACUGAACAGAAAGAUAAAAUUGACAGCUGUGAAAUACCUGUGAAAGUCAAAUCUUGCAAAGCUGAUGAAAAGGUUCUCUAUUGCACAAAAGUCUUGAAGCAAAUCUUUGCUGAAGCUAUAACCAAUAGCUUUGCUCAAGUUCACAUGAAUCCUAAUUCAUUGUCUAAUUUUCUGAUUCCAACAUUUGGAGCCACGUCAGAACAUAUUACAAUCUGUCUGUAUGACUCUGAAAACGACUAUUUAUUGUACAAUACACAGGAGAUCUAUUUAUGGACUGCACAGAAUAAGCUCAAUAUCACAGCCAUAAUGAUUAUUUGGCUUUUUUUGAAUUUCACCGUUUUUACUUCAAAAAAUCUUCAUUCCUUUGUGAAACUUGACAAAUCAGGCUUGCAUGAGGAGUUAGGGCAAUUUCUGGAACUUUACAAAAAGGCAGAAACAAGAGGAAAUUAUGUUUCAUGGACUCCUUACUUGCAUUACAGUGAUGUUGUCCCAAAAUUUUAUUCUCGAGAAAAACUAACAUAACAAACUAAGUUUUGUCCUUUUUGAAAAGAAAACGACAAUACAUUUACUGUGACAAUUUAUGGUAGGCUAUUUAAAUUGCCAGUCCUCCUUGGUUGGUCUCCAAUCUAUCAUUCUAUGAACAAUUCUUGUUAUGCCAUUCUGUGGCGUCCCUUAACCGUCCAUCUGCCAACAAUUAUAAAAUACAAUUAUAAAAAUAGGAAGUUGGCAUCUGGCAACUUUCAUAUACUGUAAACAUGGAAAUAAAUUUACGCUAAUUACGCGAAAUGUUUUGCAUAUUGCAUUUUAUGUUUGAUCUGAAUACCACAUGGUCGACAAGAUAUUAUCUUGCAUGUAUGUUAGAAAUACUUCAAGGAUCUUUCUCACCUUUUUCACAUGCAUGUUCCCUUUUGUUCCUAGCUGUGAACAUUUCUUUUUUGGGACAUAUGAGAACAAUGUUAACAUGGCUGACAGCCGGCCAUCUUGGAUUUUGAAAAUGGUGAACUUUGUUACCGCUAUUUCUCUGAUAGUACUGAAGGGAUCUUUAUAUAAUGAAUAUAUAGGUAUCUCCUUACACACAUUAACACACCUAUUCAUGCACAAACAAUUCUAUUCCAUGGAGACAGAUACACAUACACAGAUGACCGAGGGAUAUUAUAGAUAAAUUGAUCGAGGUUGUCAUUAUCUAACGCUGUAUGUUGUAAUUUUAAUCGCAGAUAAAAAUAUUACAUCGUUAAGCACAUCCUGUAUUUCAGAUUUAAUAUGUGUAAUCUGUAUCUAUAAAAGUUCUAUAAAUCAUUUUAUCUGACACUUCUCACACCUUUGUAUGAUCGUUUGCCCCAUAACCAUCAUUAGGUAAGCGAUAUGACUGAAAUUGAAUCCGUUUUCUCAUCUGCAGGGAGUGUCGCUAUAAAGUCAAAAUAAAAAUCCACUUCGUGGCCAUAGCAAAAAUGCGCUGCCACCGUAUUCAUCAAAUAAAACUGCUGCAUAUAGAUUCUACUCCUGUAUAUCCAUUGCUAAGCUUCUUCACUAUUCGACUCAAAGUUGACCUUGACCGAUUUCUGAUAUUUUAGCUGUGAAUUAAUUCAUUAGCUUGGACAUUACAUGUUAUUGAAAACGUCAUCUAAAACAGUACUCUGUCGUGACAUUUACCUCGGUAGCUGAGUGGUUAUAUAAGGUGUCCCGACACUUUAUCACUAGCCCUUCAUCUUUGGGUUGCGAGCUCGAAACUCACAUGGGGCAGUUGCCUGGUACUGACCGUAGACUGAUGUUUUUUUCUCCGGAUACUCCGGCUUUCCUCCACCUCCAAACCUUUAAAUAACACUAGCUGUUGUUAGGACGUUUAAAAAAAAAAAAAAAAAAAAACUGACAUAUCCAAACUGAAUAUUUUUACUAGUCUGUCAAUAGCUAAUCAUCUGCUCAUCGCCAUAAACAGAUUCUGAACUGUGACGUCACACGUAUGAGUAUCAUCUAGAGCCAGUAUGGUGAGAAUAGGUCUACACCCAGCUCUGGACAGUUAUAUUUGAUUUGUGUAUGGAUACUGGUGGUUUACAAUGAUUGAAGGUGUUUUGUUGUAGCUCAGACCAUGCAUGCGGUGAAAACUUUCAACAGUAUUAUGGCAGCACGGCUCCGGUAUGUUAGUGAAUAUACGUAUACCUGUAUACAGCCACGAACAUCCAAAUAGAGUAUCUAAAUACUGCUAUUUUUUCCAGGUAACAAUUGUACUUCUUUGUUAUACGUUAUCUCUAAAAUUUUAGUGUAAUGAUGUUUAUAAUAAGGACGUCAUUUCGAUUUUGAUGACUAUGCCACCUGGUAAACAUCAAUUGCCUUUAUCUGUGUGUCAUAAAUAAAAUAAAAUGCGGCAUAUACUUUUAUCUAUAGGUUAUUUCCAAUGUCAUCUGUAAACUGUUUUAUUAUUAUCUUUUUUUGAGACUUAAGUUAUACCGACACAUCCCAGAACAUUCGCAUGCACAUUGUUUGCAAAUUUAUUAUUGCUACAUAUGCAAUUUCAUCCAUUCUGGUUCAAUGUACACUUUGUAUGUAGCUUGAAUUUUGUUUCAAAAUAUGCCAAUGUCUUUUGUGCAUUUUGAAACAAAAGAGAAAGCAUAUUAUCGGAAUAUUAAAAAAACUAAUGACACGAAAUUUAUCAUCACAGUAGAUAAAAUGAAACAAACAAAAAAGUUUUGUUUUAGUAUUUUCUUUUUUUUUCUAUUUUUUACAGAAUUUCGUAAUAUAAUAUAGAAAUAUAAUACUAUCGUUCUCUCGUUUCCUCGCUUGUCAUCUAUUAGUCGGUAACAAAACAAGCAACAAUAUGUCAUCAACCACCAGAAUUGAAAUCAGGCACUCGGGUAACUAUCUUAUGUAUCUGGAAUGCUAAGUAUCUAUGGCAAGCCGUUUUAAUAUUAUGUCUGCUUUGAAAAGAUUAUGACCUAAACUGAGAAGGGUUUUUUAACUAAAGUCGAAAUAUUUUUAACUUAAGCUAAAAUAAUACAUAAUGCAACAAAAUCGCGAUCGAAUGCAAAACAUCCCUUUGGACUCUUCAAACAAAAAUAUCACGGAAACUCGUAGUACAAAUUUAAACAGCCAAUCCAAAAAGCCGGCACAGGCGUAUAUGGCUUCGCGUCUGGUGAUGAAUGAAUGAUACAAAAUAAAUACAGCGGACAUAAUAUUUGUGAAACAGUAAAAAGGAUGUACUGAUAUUGAUGCAUUAUCAUUUGAAAAUAAGAAACUUUUAGACAUUUUGAAAUAUGAUCCUCUUUCUGUAACUGUAAAGUGUGGUGCUGUUAUAUAUAUCCAAAAUAAAAGUUAGGCUGGUUAUGCUUUAUGUGAGCUUCUCUGAUUUUACUUUGACUGAUAUACUUUGAUUUUGCUUUGUGUGAACAACCUUGAUUAUGCUUUGCGUAAACUACUUUGAUUACACGUGCAUUAUACCUGUAAGCAGCUACAUGUAUUUGUGGCAUGCAUGAAUGCAUGUGUUUAAUGUAAUUCCUUCAGCAAUUAUUUUCUGUGUAAUCGCUAAUUAUCACCGACUCAUCUACUAUUUAUAUACGAUACAUCCGCACUUUAUUGGAAUAUUUUGUAAAAUUUGAAGACAUUUGGAUGUUCAAAAAAGUAAUUUUGCAUUCCGAGAUGGUAUAAAGAGAUGAAGCAUGC